GUGAAGAAAUAUAGGCCGUACUGCGCAAACAACAAAAAAAUCACGCUGGCCGCUGGUCGCCGAGGUUGGGGUUCAAAAUAUCUCUGAGCGCAUUGCGCUUCCUUCGACUCUCUUCCAACAGCACUUCAAAUUCUUACAAAAACCAUGGGAUUCCGGUCUCGUUCAAGCAGCAUAAACUCUUUGACCAAGCGCAUUUCCUGGCAUCGACGGACCUCAGACGCCAGCACUCAGCAGACGCUCUGCGACAGCCAGCCAGCAGCUCUCAAGACUCCAGAUGACUUUGCGUGGGUGCCGGUGAUCUCGGGCCACAUCCCAAUGAAUGCCGUGCAGGGCGGAGUGGAGCGCACCGGCGAGCCGCUGUUUAUCUGCCGGGCAUACCAUCGCGACGGCCUGCAUCCGGGCAGGGCCGGAAGGCAUCUGCGCACUGGCGCCAGCAUCGGGUACGGGUGGCAGGAGGUGGACGUCACAGAGUGCCAGGUGCUAUGUGGGCAGGGGACAAAGCUACGGUGGGUUGCACAGGAGGGUCCGUUGGAGAUCAACGGAUUCGUGCCUUUGCUUGCGGGGUUCGAGCACACAGGCGAGCCAUUGUAUGUGGCCAAGACGGUGCUGGGCGGCGCGCAGCAGCUCGGAAAGUGCGGUGUGCACAUCAAGCACGGCGCGUCGUUUGCGUUCAAUGGCCGCGAAAAGGCUGUUGCCGAGUACAUGGUGCUGGCAUAUGUGUAGGGCUCAUGUUGUAUAUAUUCCAAAAAUAAACAUCCUAGUUGACAUACGACAGAACCAUGUACUCGCUGGCGUCGCGCUCCUUGUGGCCGUACGGGUACGACAUGCCCUUCUUGAUAUGCGGGGCGCACUUGCCCAGCUGCUGCGAGCCAUCCACCAGUGUCUUUGCAAUGUACAGCGGCUCGCCCGA